ACUCGUUCUAUGUCGCCUCUUCCAUCCUCAGCUAAGCCUUCAAGUAGCUGAGCAGCGUCCAGACCGGGCAAAGACACUCUCAAAGCUCCUAGUGUUGGCCAGCUUCUACAUAUGCAUAGUAUAAUCACUUUAUUCAAUUGUUUAAACAAUACAUUCGGCUAUCAGCUCCAAAUUAGUCAGACUGUACCUUGCCAAUCCCUCAAGCGAUCCGAUACCCGUGUCAGCACCGGUCCGUGUGAGCCUAUAGGGUAAUGUAUACAAAUCCGUGGUUACAUGCGCGCAUCAACUUGUACUCUACCACUACUGCGUCUUGGUAUGACUCACCGACAGCUGUUUGAGAGAUAAAGUACUCACAACCGCUCUUGAACUUUAAUUUCGAGCUUUGUAUUGUUCGAGUCUCCAUAACUCCGUGUUCUGCGCAGCACGACCCCUGCUUAAACUGGCCAUGGACAACCGUCGCGGGUACCUCGACUUACUCGAGGAGAUCCUCUCCAAUAUCCCAUCAACGGCCCAAAGCAUCGCCAAUUCCUUUGUAGCAGAGCACCGGAGGUUAGAGUCAUGUCCAAUUGUGACCAUAGCGAGCUACGAUGAAGCAGCUCUAAUAAGAAGCCAAGCAAAACCUCAAAUGGACUCGAGAUCUAUCAAAGAAGUGCUUGAACAAGCAAAUGGCAUUUUCUCCAAUCGCAUCUUCAAUAACCACCCUCGAUUCUUUGGCUUCAUUCCUUCACCCACUCAUCCAUUGACCUUACUUGGAGAUCUGCUUCUCGCAUCCAAGAACCCUCACGCUGGAUCUUGGUUCCAAUCUUCCGGUCCCUCAGCCAUCGAAACGGGUCUGAUUCGCUGGCUUGCAGAGCUGGCUGGACUACCUGCGGAUACGGCAGGAGGACUGUUUGUUUCGGGAGGUUCAAUGGCGAAUUUAGUUGGACUUCAGACUGCGAGAGAUCAAAUGCUUGGCGAAGAAUGGGAACAACGAGCCAGAGGAACCAUUUAUGUGAGCCAGCAGACCCACUCAUCCAUCUCUAAAGGCCUUCGAAUCUUGGGGUUCAGCAACAAGCAAGUUAGGAAGAUCAAAUGCGAUGAAAACUUCCAGAUGGAUUGUUCAGAUCUGGAACGGACAAUUGAGCAAGAUAAAGAAGCAGGACUUAUGCCAUUUCUCAUAGUAGCAAGUUGUGGAACAACCAAUACAAGCAGCAUUGACCCUAUUUCGAACAUUCAUACGAUUGCAAAAGCACAAGUACCACCACUUUGGGUGCACGUGGAUGGCGCAUUCGGAGCUUCAGUCCUAUUAUCGAAGUCUCACGCACAUCUUCUGAAAGACUUGAAACAUGCAGACAGCAUGUCAUGGGAUGCUCAUAAGUGGCUUUUUCAAACCUAUGGUUGUGGCAUGGCUCUAUUGCGUGACCGAAGACACCUUUUACAAAGCUUUGCUACAGGAGCAGAGUACACCCGUGAUGCAGUUGACUCUGGCGAUUUCGAGAGUCCUAAUUUCUGGAAUUUCGGACCAGAACUAACGAGGCCAGCAAGAGGUAUGAGAUUGUGGUUCUCGCUACAAGUACUGGGACUUGAUGCGGUGGGAGAGAUGAUUGAUCAUGGAUUCCUGCUAGCGGAAACUGUUGAGGGUGAGUUACGCAAGCUGGAUGGAUGGAAGAUUGUAAGUAACGCGAAGAUGGGGAUUGUUUGUUUCAGGUAUGAGGGAACGGGGAAAAGUGUAGAGGAAUGGGACGAGCUGAAUGCGAAGGUUUCUGGAAUAUGUAUCAGGGAGAAUAAAUCGGCUGCUCUAACAACGAAGUUAGACGGGAGGACGGUCAUCAGGAUUUGUGCUAUUCACCCGGAGAUGAGUGUUGAAGGCAUGAAGGAGGUUGUGAGGUCUCUUGAUGAGGUGGCGAGAGAGUUGGCGGCUAUCUAAUAUUCUGGACCUACGGAUAGUAUUAGAUGUACCAUGAAGUCUCUAUGUUCACACUAUGCUGUACAUACCAUGCUGAACGUAAUUGGAGUGUGCCUG